UAAUCUCUGUUUUUUGUGGCUGGCUUGACGCUGGUGAGUAUUUUAUUUAACACUCCGGUACAGUGCCGUCUGUCACAAUUCUUCUGGAUUUUACUUUGAGCAGGAUCAAAUCUCGUUGGCAUUAUCGCAGAAUGGAUAUGAAGCUGUUGGCAGUCGUAGCUGCUCUCACGGUGGUGAUCUAUGCGCCUCCAACACAAGCAAAGCCCAUCAGUCUGGUGGAGAGAUGCUACUGUCGUUCAACAGUCAACAACCUCCCACGAGGCUACAUUCGAGAGCUCAGGUUCAUCCACACACCCAACUGUCCCUUCCAAGUGAUUGCCAAGCUGAAGAGCAACAAAGAAGUGUGUGUGAACCCAGAGAUCCGGUGGCUGCAGCAGUACCUGAAGAACGCCAUCAACAAAUUGAAGAAAUCCAAGCAGGUCAACUAAACACACCAUCACGCCAUCACUGAGGGUUUGAACCAUCACAGCUAUGUAACAUAUGUUAUGAGAUCAUCUGGUAUGUUAAACAGCACUUAUCACGGCUGCCACGCUGCGGCCUUUUGCAUGGAAUGAACCUACAACUCUUCAUCGUGAACACCAUUUACCAGCCUUGUUGCAGUCUUCACCAUCACCCCUCUCACCACUUAUAGAGAUUGUAGACGUUAUUAGUGCAAAGUGCAAUUAUAUCUGUGUGUGUAUGUUUUUCUAACUCUAAUGUUUAUACUUUUUUGUUAAUGACAUUAACAGUAAAUAGCUAUUUUUUUGAGAUUUUCUCAUCUUUCUGGCCUCUGUCAUUUAAGAAAAAGGAUUGACCCCGGGGUCAAAGUGUUUAAAGGGGGACAUGUUGGUCAGUGGGAGAAUUUUCAACAACAAACACGAGUUACCAUCCCACUUGCAAGUAGCUGUGUCCUUUCAUCUACUAAAUAAGCAAAAUACAGAUUUAUUAACUCUAAUCCAAAACAUAGGAUCUGCUUAUUGUAAUUGUUUCUGAUUUUAAAUUGUAUAAAAUGUUUAGUUUUCUUCUAAAAACAAGCAAAGCCGCUGAGUUUGCCAAGUCGCAUUUCAUGUUUCAAGUUAAUUAGCACUGAGGAAUUUCAAUGGGGGCCAGCUACCCCCAUAGUGAAUAUAAGAUCCUAGUAAAAAUGGCUAUUACAAUGUUUUUGUGAUGGAAAUUAGGAUGCCAGAAGAGCUCGAGCAUUUCUUGAGCAGUUCUGUGGCUGUAAUCAUGCGACCCUCUGUUACCCAACGUACCUGUUUUUUUUUAAAUUCUUAGAGAAAAGCUUCACAUCUGGAUCCAAAACAAUUUUAAUUGAGCGACCAAUAAGUCAAAAUUGACUGGAGUUGUAAAGCUGUGUUGCUUAACGAGAGAUGUUAAGAACAAAUGGUGACACUCACAAAUCACAGUAAGCUGUCAAAAAGAUUGAAAUAAACUCUUAGUAUAAAUGUACACAAGGGUGUACUGCAAUUUGAACAAUAACCACAUCAGUAGUUAAAACACUUUGUUAUACCGGGAGCCACAGUAGAAAAAGUAGUACUAUUACUGACAAUAAAUACAUGUACAUAGAUGUAACUACCUACAACUGUCAUGCAGAUAGCAAUGCACUUUAUAUAUGAUGUAUUCAUGUUUAACAACAACAUUUACUAUUAUUCACUAAGUCUGAUCAUUAAAUUGUUUUUUGUAUUUUUUUAUGUUAAUCAUGCUGUCGCCAUUCUGUUCUUUUUGAUCCUUGAAUGUGUAGCUGCAUUUAACUUCUCCGUCACAUUUAAAAUAUUAUACAAAUGUUUAUUUUUGUACUCUUUUAUGCAUUUAAAUAUUAAAUCUAAACAUUUACUGGAACUGUACUCUCACAAUUGAGUCAACCAGCCAACAUUUUACUGUAGAACUAUACAGUUGGUCAGUAAGGAAAGCAAAUCUUUAAAAUGUUA